AUGAUGUCUUCCCGGAGCGUUCAAGUCGUUGGCCGAUUUGGGGAAAAGCAUCAGGUUCUUUUGAAAGAGAAGAAAUGCACUUGCCGCAUGUUUGAUAAGCUCAAGAUUCCAUGUGGAAAUGCAAUGAUUGUUGUGGAUAGUUUGGGUCUUCCCUAUUCUUCCAUGGUCGGGGACAAUCUCAAACCAACAGAAUGGGUUCAAACUUACGAUGAUUGUAUAACACCGCUGAUGUCUUUUUGGAGCACUUUGGAGCAAUUGGGACGUGAGGAGCAAGGAAGGACUUGGUGCAUGGAUUCAGCUCAACCGCACAAGCUUAGGAUGAAGAAGGAAGCCGUCUUGAAGUCAGCUCGACCCAUCUACUCGACCAACCGGUUUCAAACUCGACCGGCCAAGUUCCAACUCGAUCGAGCUGCGGAGUCAAUGGUCAAACCCGAAAAAUGUUGCUUCCCCUUUGACUCCCCUUUGACCCUAAACCUAAUCCUUCUUGUAUUUAAAGGCUUGUAG